AUGGAGGCGACCUCACCUGCAAAGCCAGAUAACCUUGCUACUUUGGAGACGAAAGUCGCCGACUUAAUUAAGCGGGUGGAAAAUCUGGAGUGCUACUGGCGAAUGCACACGCAGCAGCAGAUAACCCGUCUGAAAGAGUUGAAGAAGAAUAAACUAGAGUGGAAUUCGCACAUGCCGCCAUCAAGAACUCCGGUCGACGAACACCUACGCCACGUCAGCGAAGCGUUUUACUCCAUCGUGAAGGUCGCCCAUGGUGGCGAGGGUUGCUACAACACGGGCUUCUGCAUCUCGGAAGACGGCUUCUUACUCACAAUGAACGAUUCGUGUCGAAGUUUCCAAGGUGAAAACACGGACCACCGACACUCCGAGGUCACGUUUUUCGAUGGCACACGGCUUGAUUGCACCCACGUCCAGAUUUUCCAGUGCUCGGGGGUCUCGCUCUCACUGCUGAAAGGCGAUUUCCCGGUUCCACCCCUUAGGCCUGAUGAUCUCUUUAUCACGAACGAGUCGAUGGCUCUCGCUCCGUUUGGAGUAGACGACAUUGGCUUUCCCACACCUGCGAUUACUGUUGGUCGAGUUCGGACACCGCUUGACACGAAAGAGAAAUUCGCUCGGUUGGAACUGGGAACCCCUAGCGAUACUAAAGCGGGGGAAUUGGAAACCAGAAUGACGGGCGGCCCAGUGUUGAGCAUGCGACCUGGAUACUUUGCUGGUGUUAUCACGAGUAUGGAGCAAAGUGAAGCGGUUCGCUUCUGCCCGGUUACGCUGACUUCGUUGGUAUGGCUGGCGAUUCAACGUGCAAUGAAGCAAUACCGCGAGACUUACAUGGUCCAAGAGCCGACAACGAAACAACAUGGUGACUUGCAUUGCUGUGUGCUGCUUUAA